ACAAAGGGGGAGUGUGUGUGAGCUCGGACCGUACCAUUCUGCCCGUCGCGUAGGAGGCGUCGCGGUGUGACGGGACGGUUACAGAGGAUCCCUGGCCGCGGCUGGUGGCGGAGAAAUCACCGGGCUGCCCUCCGUGUGGCCGUGCUCCCGCCCUCGGUGCUCCCGGGGUCCCCGCAGUGAGCGGUGCCGGGCCGGCUUUGAGCUGCCCCUGCCCCUCCCCCGCCGCCUCCCGCUGCAAUAUGUUCAAGAGGAUGGCUGAAUUCGGCCCGGAUUCGGGAGGGAGAGUGAAGGGUGUUACGAUUGUGAAACCCAUAGUUUAUGGAAAUGUGGCACGUUAUUUUGGGAAGAAAAGGGAAGAAGAUGGACAUACUCAUCAGUGGACUGUUUAUGUCAAACCGUAUCGCAAUGAGGAUAUGUCUGCUUAUGUGAAAAAAAUCCAGUUUAAGUUGCAUGAGAGCUAUGGAAAUCCUUUAAGAGUUGUUACCAAGCCACCAUACGAAAUUACAGAAACUGGAUGGGGUGAAUUUGAAAUAAUCAUAAAAAUAUUUUUUAUAGAUCCGAAUGAAAGACCGGUCACUCUGUACCAUCUGUUGAAGCUAUUUCAAUCAGACACAAAUGCCAUGUUGGGAAAGAAGACUGUGGUUUCAGAGUUUUAUGAUGAAAUGAUAUUCCAGGACCCUACAGCUAUGAUGCAGCAGCUUUUAACAACAUCUCGCCAGUUAACACUUGGAGCAUAUAAACAUGAAACAGAAUUUUCAGAGCUAGAAUCCAAAACGAAAGAGAAAGUGGAAAAUGCCAAGAAGAAGACUAGUUUUGAAAUCUCUGAGCUGAAGGAAAGGCUAAAAUCAAGUCGAGAAACCAUAAACAGUUUGAAAAAUGAAAUAAAAAAACUAGAAGAUGAUGAUCAGACUAAAGAUAUAUGAUGAAUGCUUUGUGGUAAACCAGCUGCCAUGACACCUUUAUGAAUUGUUUUACUACAAACCUGUAAAUAUUGUAUGUAUUUGGUUUUUGUUAAUAUUUGUUUGAAGCCAGCAAUGUGUGUUUUCUUUAAUAGGGACACCCUAUAUCGAAGCAAAUAAAGUGCUUUUUAUA